UUGCCAGUGGUAGUUCCACGAAAUUCCAGACUGACAGUGCCUUAAAAAUUAAUUAAAACGUUUGAUAAACCAGAUCGAAACACGAAAUCGUACAGAUUUGACGUCCACCAAGUCAGCAGGCACCCGAUAAUUUACGGCGCGAGUCCCCGUGUGCUGUACGCGGAAUUGCGAAGCGUGACAACCCAGUCGCUAGCCAGUUGUUCUGCUCUUUUUUAGGCGGCCGCCGUCGCGUGUGGACUGAAGUGAAAAUCGUGGUUUAUUUUCGCGAACGCUCGCGUUUUGUUUCAUUUGAACCAGACAGGAUAGUAUGGCAGCGGAUCAGGCUCAGUUCCAGCAGCUACUGGCGUCCUUGUUGUCCACGGACAAUGAUGUGCGCCAGCAGGCGGAGGAAGCAUACAACAACCUCGCAAGGGAGCUGAAGGUGACGCACCUCCUGGGUAACAUUCAAAAUGGACAGCAAUCGGAAGAGGCACGCCAGAUGGCCGCCGUACUGCUGCGUCGUUUGUUCACCACGGAGUUCCUGGAGUUCUAUAAAGAGAUUCCAGCUGAGUCGCAGAACCAGUUGCUGCAGCAGAUCCUUUUAGCUGUUCAGCAGGAGGUGACUCCUCAGCUGAGGCGUAAGAUUUGUGAGGUGGUUGCCGAAGUGGCCAGGAACCUGAUUGACGAGGAUUGCAACAAUCAGUGGCCGGAUAUCUUACAGUUCCUCUUUCAGUGCGCCAACUCCCCCACUCCCCAGCUGCAAGAGUCGGCAUUGCGGAUCUUUUCCAGUGUGCCUUCUAUCUUUGGAAAUCAAGAGGCUCAAUACAUCGAUCUGAUCAAGCAGAUGCUGGCCAAAAGCAUGGACGCUUCCUCAGAUCCGGAGGUCCGAGUCCAGGCUGUGCGAGCCGUCGGAGCUUUCAUCCUCUACCACGACAAGGAUAAGGAAACGGCUGUUUACAAGCACUUUGCGGAUAUGCUGCCCCGCAUGAUCCACAUUACUGGGGAGACAAUCGAGGCCCAGGACGACCAGAGUCUGCUGAAGCUCUUAAUCGAGAUGACCGAAAACUGCCCGAAGUUCUUGCGUCCCCAGCUGGAGUUUAUUUUUGAGGUUUGCAUGAAGGUUUUCAGCUCUCAGGACUUCGAAGACAGCUGGCGACACCUCGUCCUGGAGGUUAUGGUCUCGCUCGCCGAGAACGCUCCGGCGAUGGUGCGCAAGCGGGCUGACAAGUACAUAGUGGCUCUGAUCCCUCUGAUUUUGCAUAUGAUGACUGACUUGGAGGACGAUGAGAACUGGUCCACCGCCGAUGUGGUUGAUGAUGACGACCACAGUGACAACAAUGUGAUCGCAGAGUCUUCCCUAGAUCGCCUCGCCUGCGGUUUGGGAGGAAAGGCGGUCCUUCCGCACGUCAUGAACGCCCUGCCGGCAAUGUUGGGCCAUGCUAAUUGGAAGCACCGCUUUGCUGCCCUCAUGGCCAUCUCGGCCAUCGGUGAGGGUUGCCUUAAGCAGAUGGAAGCCAUUCUGGACGAGGUCAUGACCGGAGUCCUCAACUUCCUGAGGGAUCCCCAUCCCCGCGUUCGCUACGCUGCCUGUAACGCCAUUGGACAAAUGUCCACUGACUUUGCACCGACCUUCGAAAAGAAGUUCCACAGCCAGGUUAUUCCCGGUUUACUUUCCCUCUUGGAUGACGUGGAGAAUCCCCGAGUGCAAGCACACGCCGGAGCCGCACUGGUGAACUUCAGCGAGGAUUGCCCGAAGAACAUUUUGACACGCUACCUGGACGGGAUCAUGGCAAAGUUGGAGACUAUAUUGAACUCGAAGUUCAAGGAGCUGGUGGAGAAGGGCAACAAGUUGGUUCUGGAGCAGGUGGUUACCACUAUUGCUUCGGUUGCUGAUACCUGUGAAGCGGAAUUCGUGGCUUACUACGAUCGACUUAUGCCUUGCCUCAAGUUUAUUAUCCAGAACGCAAACUCGGAUGAUCUACGCAUGCUUCGUGGCAAGACCAUCGAGUGUGUGAGCUUGAUAGGAUUAGCGGUGGGCCGGGAGAAGUUCAUUGGCGAUGCCGGUGAAAUCAUGGACAUGCUGUUGGUCAAUCACACCGAGGGUGGAGAGCUGGCUGACGAUGAUCCACAGACCUCCUAUCUGAUCACAGCCUGGGCCCGCAUGUGCAAAAUUCUUGGCAAGCAAUUCGAACAAUAUCUACCCGUUGUGAUGGGUCCUGUAAUGCGCACGGCCACCAUGAAACCUGAAGUGGCGAUGAUGGACAACGAGGAGGUGGAAGAUAUUGAGGGUGAUGUGGACUGGUCUUUUAUUAAUCUUGGAGAGCAGCAGAACUUCGCCAUUCGCACUGCUGGCAUGGACGACAAGGCUUCAGCUUGCGAGAUGUUGGUCUGCUAUGCUAGGGAACUGAAGGAAGGAUUUGCCGAGUACGCCGAGGAGGUGGUGCGUCAAAUGCUGCCCAUGCUUAAGUUCUACUUCCACGACGGUGUUCGCACAGCGGCUGCUGAGUCGUUGCCUUACCUUCUCGACUGCGCUAAGAUCAAGGGUCCGCAAUAUCUGGAGGGCAUGUGGCUGUUCAUCUGUCCGGAGCUGCUUAAGGUGAUCAACACCGAACCGGAACCAGAAGUGCAGUCGGAGCUGUUGAACUCAUUGGCUAAAUGCAUUGAGACCCUGGGACCCAAUUGCCUUAACGAGGAUGCCAUGAAGCAGGUUCUCGAGAUUAUCAACAAGUAUGUUACGGAGCAUUUUGAGCGGGCUGAUAAACGUCUGGCGGCCCGAAACGAGGAGGACUACGACGACGGUGUGGAGGAGGAGUUGGCCGAGCAGGACGAUACCGAUGUCUAUAUUCUUUCCAAAAUCGUCGACAUCACACAUGCCCUCUUCCAGACGAACAAGGCUCAGUUCUUGCCCGCCUUUGAACAGGUGGCGCCGCAUUUUGUCAAGCUGCUGGAGCCCAGCCGACCAGUAGCCGAUCGUCAGUGGGGCGUGUGCGUGUUCGAUGAUCUGAUCGAAUUCUGUGGCCCCGCUUGUGCUCCCUACCAGCAAAUCUUUACUCCAGCCCUGCUGCAGUACGUGACCGAUAAAUCUCCAGAAGUGCGCCAGGCGGCUGCCUACGGAUGCGGAGUGCUCGGCCAGUUCGCCGGCGACCAGUUCGCGGUCACGUGCGCCCAGAUCAUUCCACAACUGAUUCAGGUGAUCAACGAUCCCAAGUCCCGCGAAAUCGAGAACAUCAAUGCGACAGAGAACGCCAUUUCGGCAUUUGCCAAGAUCCUCAAGUACAAUAAGUCGGCGUUGACCAACGAGGAUGAGCUGCUCGCGGCAUUUUUCUCUUGGCUUCCGGUGUCCGAGGAUCCAGAGGAGGCCACCCACAUCUAUGGCUACCUGUGCGAUAUGAUCGAAGGCAACCACCCAGUAAUCCUUGGGGCUAAUAAUUGCAAUCUGCCGCGCAUCGUCUCCAUCAUCGCUGAAGCUUUUUGCACGAAGGUGGUUGAAGCACAGAGUGCCACCGGCACACGUAUGCUCACCAUCGUUAAGCAGGUUGAAUCCAAUCCGGACGUGAUGGCCGCUUGUGCCAGCACCCUCAGCCCAGAACAACAGCAGGCUCUGCAAGAUGCCUACCGGGAGCUGGCGACAGGGGCGAGUGCCUAAGGGAUCGGCAUCCCAAUCUUCUCCAGACCCAAUCCAGUCCCGGCGACCUUGGCAAGAAAGGAAGGAUGGAAGCGUCAGCUCCACGUUAUUAUUAUUUUUCAUCUGACCGAAACUGUCAUCGCAAAUGCAUUAUGAACUAUACGUUUUAAACAUACAUACACGCAUACUUAAAAUUAUGUGAACGAUAGAGUUAUCCUUAUCCGGGUAUAUAAUUCUAUAUAUAUUGUGAUUUCAAUCAAAACUCUUCUCCCGAAGACAAAGUCUGCGCCUCGUUAGAAUUUGACAUGCUGCAUGGAUCGGAUCCCAAUGCCAUCGCAACCACACACAAAUUCCAAUAGAUUAUUUUCGUUACUCCACUUUUCAUAUGUUAUUUACAUAUGUGUGUAUAUUCGGCCCACACGGCCGCUUCCUUCCCAGCAAAACACAGGAUGUGAACGUUGUCCGAAUCAACUGAAAUGUAAUUUUGUGCAUUCACUCCAGGAUCCACAAAAAUAUUUAAACGAAUAACAUUUAUUGUACUUUAAAAAUGAUAAAAAGAACGAAAUAAAUAACACGUAAAACGAAA